AUGAUAAAGAUAGGGAAAUUCCAACAGCAUGACCGCUUCAAGGACCACCUUGGUGCUAAUCAUCAGGGAAUAAGCAUAAAUAGCAGAUUUAGCUAUUUAGUAACUCAAGUACUAGGGUUCUUUAAUGCCAAGAUCCAAAACUGAUUCUGCAUGCUUAAAGAAACCUUUCUAGAAGCAAAGGAAUAUUUAUGGAGCAUAAAUAAGGGCGAUGAUCAAAUCAAAGAUUUAUUGGAUGACCAUAUUCACCAGUCAAUAUCAAAGGGAUGGGAUGUUAUCAUCAAACUGAACAAAUUAGCGGUUAUUGCAAUCUUCUUUAUGGUAUUUAGCUUUUGUGAUGAUGAGGCAGUUAGAAAAAGAUGCUUCAUUAUAUCUACAAUCUUCUAUUCAAGUACUUUGAUCAUGAAUUUUAUAAGUAAAAGGCAUCCACGGUUAAAAUAAAGUAUUCUUUAGCUUCUUCCUUUUCAGUUGGGGAUAUGCCUGAACAACUGGAAACUUGAAAGGAGAGAGAUACAGCUUCUAUGAAAUGUGGGUGAUAUAUUUUUGAGUUGUCUUUCUUUGAAAUACAUUUAUAUGAUUACAGUGGAAAUAUCUGGCAAUUCCUCAUCUUUUGAAUAUGAUAAUCUGUAUGAUUAAGGUUUAUAUCAAAUAUGAUCAUAGUGCAGGCAACAGUGGAGAAAAUUUUAAAGGAGUCCCUACUGUAUUUUAUAUUACUGUGCUCGUGUCUACUUUGCUAGUCUCAAUAGGACCUCUUUUAUAUUCAAAAAUUGUCAAAGACAUAUUACAUUUGAUCAAAGAAAAUAAAGACCUUACUGAAACUAUUCAAAGAAUUCUUCAAACAUUUCCUGAAGGUGUUAUAAUCCAGCAAUUUGAUAAAGAAAACAAGCUACUCCCAAAAUUUGUGAACAACAAUACAAGAGAGCAUAUUUUAAAUACUGACCCUACAGGGUCAGUGAUUGAUUUAUAUGAUUCCACCGUAAGAGUCCAGCUGCUUGAUAGAGAUAGUAAUUCAUCCAAAAUUCCAAUUUCAAAACUUUUAGAACAGCACUGAGCUAAAGCUGAGGAGACGAAGCAACUUAAAGCAUCAGUUAACUUUAUGGUUGCUCUAUAUGAAAGAUCUCUCCGAAUUAAUAGAUUCGAUAGUCAGGAAAAUUUAGAAGGAGACGUUAAGUACUAUACUAUCAAGACCAUGAAAGUUCGGUGGAAUAAGAAUUCGGAAUCUUAUAUGCAUAUAUUUAUUGACUCAACCCAUAUAACAAAGCUUGAGGAAGAGAGAGCCAAAUCAGCCUGUCAGAAAGUGAUGUUCGCAAGUGCAUCCCAUGAAUUUUAGAACACCCCUAAAUGCUUUUGAAAAUUCUCUAAAGCUUAUUAAAAUAAGAUUUGAUCAAAUUAUAGAAUAUGUCACUCCUCAGCUAAAUGAAGACACGAAAAUUGAAGUGGCAGAGAAUGUUGAGGAGAUCGAAAAGUUUAUUAAAAUGGGAACAAUAUCAUCAAGGCUGCUAAUGAACUUAGUUGAAGAUAUCCUAGACCUUGAAAAAUUCGAUUCUGGAGUCUUUUCCAAUAAUAUUUCUCGAUUUCAUCUCUUUGAAAUUAUCGAUGAUAUUAAGUAUAUGUUUGAAACACAGUGAAAUGAGCGAGGGCUCUUUUUUAGAAUUGUUCUGCAGAAUGAAUCUUUAAGGAAGAGAAGUUAUGUUUCGGAUCCAGGAAGAAUAAAGCAAGUUUUGGUCAACUUGCUCUCAAACGCUCUAAAAUUUACACACUUUGGAGGAAUUGAAAUAUCUAUCGAACAGAAAAAUAGUCUCAGGGAGACACAACUUUGGUUCUCAGUUCAAGACACAGGGAUUGGAAUUAGCAAGAGUGAGACUAAUAUAUUUCAAAUGUUUGGAAUCAAUCAGAAACAUAAAGAAGAAAUCAAUCAACAUGGCACUGGAAUCGGUCUCCAUAUUUCUAAAUAA